UUAGGGAUACUGUAGAUGGGUUAUAAAUAAGCCACAUCACUAAAAAGGCUUGUUUCUGUAGCAGUUACCCCUGGGCAGUUUGAUUAGCUUUCGACCAUGUCUGAAAAAUUUGAGAUUGUGAACUUGGAGCUGAAGUCUGGGGAGUCUUUGAAGAUUAAAGGACAACUCCCAGGAGAUGCUAAGAGCUUCUCUUUUAACAUUGGCCGCAACUCGAGUGAUGUAGGCCUGCACUUUAAUCCUCGCUUAAGUGAGAAUACCAUUGUGUGCAACUCCAAACGCAGCAACAACUGGGAGUCAGAGCAGAGGUCAGGACAUAUGUGCUUCACCCCAGGGUCGGAUGUCAAGAUCUCAGUCAAAUUAAAUGGGGACAAGUUUGAAGUGAAACUUCCUGACGGCCACGAGAUCACUUUCCCAAACCGCCAUGGUUAUGACAAGCUAACUUAUUUGUCUGUCAAAGGUGACUUCAAAGUCACAUCUUUUAAAUACGAGUAAAUGGUUUGGUGAUACUGAAAAUGUUUUAUGUAUAAAAUUCUUCAUGAAGUCUUCAAAUAAAUAUGUUUCCUGCAAAA